ACCCUAAAACUCAGAGAGUAGUUUUGGAAGAGAGAUCUUAUGGCAACAACACAGAGACACAAGGACGAAGAGGAAGAGGCUCAGAUCCCGAAAACAGAGUUCGAAAGAUCUUCUGAGGUUGAGUCAGACAAAAACCCAGAGAGAUCCACGACCAAACGUGACGAACAAGCUACUUCCAACGAAAGUCCGAAUCUGACAAGGGAAGAGAAGAGUAUAAGGGAUAGUUACUUUUAUUGCUGUAAGAAUUUCUAUAGCCUACCCGAGAUGAUCAACUACAUGAAGGUGAAUCACGGUUUAUCAAAGACCAGUGUGACCAAUGUUUUCAGGGAACUUUUAACCGGUCGCAAUGGUGAAGCUUAUCUGAGAGCUUCACAGAGAAGAUCUCUUCAGAGGAGUAGUAAUGGUACAAGUGGUAGUGUAGGUUCUUCUUCGACUAAGUAAUGCUUGCUUUUAUGUUCCAAAAAAAAAAAAACAAUGCUUGCUUUUCCUUUUUAGAUAUUAUGAUAUCCAGAAACUCUGUUUUUGUUUGAUUCGAUUUGGACUUUUGUAAGGUUUUGUUUACAUUUUAUUAUGGAUUCAAUUUCAUAUU